AUGAGUCGACAACGAGAGGUCCUUCGCGCAUCAUCACGUGAGGCGAAGAAGUCGGGCUCUAGGCGAGGAGUUGGAAGCUCCAGUGAAGAUGGCCAGGCACAACCGGAACGCCCGCGUCCGCACACCUGCACCUAUUGCCAGAAAACGUUCAUCAGAACUGAACAUCUGAUACGUCAUGUUGCGUCACAUGAAAACCGGAAGCCCUUCAAAUGUCACCCCUGUGGUGCCAGUUUCGGCAGGACAGAUGUCCUUCGUCGACAUCAAAAGAAAUGUCCUGGGAAACCGGCGCAAAACCCAUCACCACGAUUAGAACAUGGAGAGAACCGCAAUGCAGCAGACUGUGCAGUUCAGAACUCGACAGGGAAUGAACCUCAGGGAGCCUCGGGCGAUAUCUUGAUGACGGAAACAAAUUGUCGGACAGAUGAUCAAGAUAAUGAGCGAAUGAUGGGGUAUGUCGUCGAGAACACUGACGGCCUUCAAAGCCACGCAGACGUACUUGACGCCCUGAACUUGACGGCCUCUCGGCCCAGUGGAUCUAGCGGUGAUUCCAUAAUAGUAGUUCACCAAUCAGGGGACGAAGCAACUCCUGAAUCUGAAUUAAGCACACCUCAGUCGAGUGAAGAUCAGGAUUCCACGACAAGCAAGGCACCUCGGCUUCCGAAUCCUAAUACCAUAGCCACCGAUCAUGUCGAAGCUCGAACUCAAUCCGACCAAGCAGCUGCCCUUGAGAGCAUAGAGUCCACAAUUGCGAAGAAUAACCCUAGGUCGGGGACAGAGCACACCAAUCUUGAUGAUUUCCUGAUGUUCGGAGACUCAUUCGUACCUGGACUCAAUCCGGGAGAUAUCGAUAUAGGAAGCGUCACAGACUUACUAUUUGACUUCAACCCCAAUGACAUGAUGCUUCCCGUACCCCUUCCUAAAGACAUAUGCAUUCUAUCAGAUUCGAGCCGGCAUGCGGCCCCGGACUCUUCAUUCUGCAACGGUCCUGAGAAUCUACCUCAGUACCAGAACUUCCGCUACACACCUCGAACUAUUAGAUGUUCCGACGACGACGUCAGUGCAGUCAGCAAUGCUUUCGCCAAGACACAUGUCAUUACAGCCACCUCAGACUCGGUUCAUCUUAGUCUUAGCCAAAUUUCCCGGUGGAUCAACGCAUACUUUGAUUACUUUGACAUACAUACGCCUAUAGUACACCAGCCGACCUUCAUGCUUUCGACUACGCCAGCCUCUCUGCUUCUUGGUAUGCUAGCCAUAGGCGGCUGUAUUGUUUCAGAGCGGGGUCCCGCCUCAAAGGCCUACGAAGCUUCCUGCCAUCUCCUGGCUCAGUACGAGCAGGAUCUCUUGCAGAGCUCUUUCUCGGAGCUAUGGCCGAUACAGACCGCCCUUUUAUGCAUUCAAUUUGGUGCAUUUUCAGACAACCCCAGAUAUGCGCGGCAGGCGCAGCGGCAAUUUUCUCUUGUAACAGAUGUUGGUGGAUUUUUGAUACUAGGCGAGGCUCUAUCUGACACUACGAUCUUAUUCAGAUUGGCUAGCUGGACCUGCAUUCUGAAUGCAGCUAUAUCGCUCCUCGACCAAGAAUCGACCUGCAUCGCUGCGCCUCAAGUGACAGCAGAAAUGAUCGUGCCGUCUAACGACAGUCUCUGGCGAGCGCCCUCGGCCGAAGCAUGGGCUCAAAACAAAGAGUGGCAAUCGUAUAGGCCCGUCAAUCUAGUCGAAACUUCGAGACGAGUGUUCAUCGGCGAGUUUCCCACGGUCACUAUAAGUUCGUUUGGACUCCUCACGUUGAUCGGGGCUCUCGUAGCAAACAUCUGCGCCAGAGAGCGCUACUCUCCCGAAAUGGCUCCCAUUCUUGAUCGGGAAUACUGUACUAAGAUGGAGCGAAGCCUCCAAGGGUGGGAGAAUCUGUGGCGCAGUCACCCGCAUGCUGAGCAUGUCACCGAUAGACGAAAUGAUCCCUUGAUGGCUGACUGUCUAGAUCUGCUGAGCUCUGCUUAUCAUCAUCUUUACAUGGGCCAGGAGCUUCAGAUCCUGAAGAGAAUCGCAAAGGAGCCCGGAUGUCACUUGCAAGCCCCCUCUCUUCCAACUAACACGAAAUUUCUGGUUGUUAUCAAGUACGCUACCACUGCUUGGUUGGCGGAUACCAAGACGGGUAUAGCCCAUAUGCAGCGCAAAGCGGCACUGGAGUUUGGUGGUCUUGGCCCAAUGGCAGCUUAUGAGACUGCGCUGAUUAUCCUGUGGUGGCUGAGUCUUCGGCAAAAUCUUACGUCGCCGAAUCCUGGCUACACCCCGGUGGACGAGAAGGAGGGCUUGGAAAAUAUCAAUCAGAUAUUCAAAGACAUCGUGCAGGAACUAGACGAACAAGGAAUUCCGGGCGAUGGAGACAGCUCGGAUAUGGCUUCCCGAGCCUUGUUUCACUAUCAGGUAAUGUUGGAGCAAUGGGUGUGGCCAUCCACGCUGGACGCGUAG